UGAGGUCACCGUCACUCGCAGGCGCGGUGGGGCGGCAGAUACAAGGAAGGCUCGGGGGGAGUCACGGCCCUGACGGGGCUUUUACUGGUGCCUUUUUGUGCUUUUUCGGCUGUCAAUGGGAUGCUGGACGGGCGAGCCGAUUCGGACCCGCAGACGAAAUUUAUGAGAAUUCUAGAGACUUUCGAUUCUUCAGCUCGGAAGAAGCGGCGGGUGAGUGAGCAGGUGCGAAAUCAGGAUGAGCGUCGCGUUGGGUCGGAUUCGUGUGUUUAUUCUUCUGGGCGCGGGGAACCGGCUCAGAAAGGCAGCGCAAGAGCGGGCAGCUGUCAGAGAGGCGCAAUUAGAGGUGGGAUGGAAGAGAUGGAAAGGAAAGACGAGCCAGACGAGGGGAGACGGGCGCUGUAAUAGGGAAUGCAUGCACUCACCAGUAUCGCUGGAAGGGAGAACAAAGACAAGCACAAGCCCAAGGGCAGCGGCGCCAGCACAGCACAGCACAAACCUUUGGGUCCUUGGAACAGGCCCGAGUGGAUCGGCGACCAGGGGGGAUCCCUGGCGGUGCAAAGCCCAGCGCGUCAGGGAUGCGCCGCGCCGCGGAUUGGCUGCAGAGCCGUCUAGGCUGACACGAGCGACCGGGGCAGGGAGUUGGAGUGCAGAAAUCUUGCUUCUCCAGCCCGGAACUAGCAGAGCGCGCCAAGCCCCAAGUGGCCAGCGGCAGCCUGUACCCGUGGAUGGCUUCGGUGAUGGGAGGUGAGGCAGCGCCGCGCAGCUGGAGAGGCAGAUGUGGUUUUCUGCAGUUGAAUGGCGCGAUGAGUCGCAGCGGGUCGUGCCUUGGGUAGUUGGCAGGUAGUUACAGCUGCAGGGCGGUGCAAGUCGUGCAGCAGGAGAGACUGCGAGAGAGGUGCUGCAAGGGCAGGG